AUGGUGCCCAAAGACGAGACCAUCGCUGACACCACUCGGUCCAUUGAUGAUGAGGAUGAUAGUUUCCAUCAUGAGCCAAGUCUUUUUGAUGCGCAUCAAUUCAAGCACCAAUCAUGGUGGCACCGUGACCGAUACUUCGGCGCUCUCCUCUUCAAUGUCCUCGCAUUCCUGUUACCAGCACUCUAUGCCACACUGUCCAAGCUUUGGGUGGCCAACAUUGAUGGAAAACUUGUCGCAACCACAGACAGCUACACCUACAUUGGCGUUGUUUCCGAAGCUAUCAAUGAAGGCUUGCCCCGCGCAGCUUGGGUCAUAAUUGGCGACAAGUCUGCACGAUCACUGUCUUCUCGACUUGGCCUUGCCCAUACCCUCAUCCUGUUUCAAGCGUUACUCGGCUUACUGCUUAGCGUCAUCUUUGUCUCAACAGCGACUUCCUUUGCGAAAGGCUUCGUUCCUGCCGGCACACGAGCAGCAAGUCUGACAUAUAUUCGCCUCAGCGCGUUCUCCGCCUUGAGCUCAGCCGUUGAGACGGCGGUUUCGAGUGCGACGCGCGCACUUGACAAGCCCGACGUGCCGCUCUUGAUCAGUUCCGUCAAGUUCAGCAUCAAUAUCCUCCUCGACCUCUUGAUCAUUUCGAAAUUCCACGUCGCCGCUAUAAAACCAUCUGUCAACACACAAGCUUCCAUCAGACUUGCUUGCGACAUGAGCGCUGCAUUUGCAGGCUUAUUUUAUUUCAUCUACGCCAACAGCAUUCGCACAAAGGUCGUCAAGACGCACAGAGACGACAUUACGCCGAGUCUGCGCGCAUUGAGGGUUCUUCUUCCCCCGGGAAUCAUCACCUUCAUUGAGUCUGCGAUCAGGAAUGCGCUGUAUCUCUGGCUUGUCCACGGUAUUGUCACGAUGGGCUCGGACUAUGCCACUGCUUGGGGCGUGUUCAACACAAUCCGGUGGGGUCUGGUCAUGGUUCCAGUCCAAGCUUUGGAAGCCACGUCUCUCGCUUUCGUUGGCCAUGCUUGGGGCCGUUGGCGGCACGAGAUGGGCAUUGACAAUCUAAGACCAAAAAUGUCGCGUGGAAACCUGCUGAGUAUGUUCAACGCAGGUCAGACUUCAAGACGUAUCAAUGCUGACUCUCUGUAG